UAUCACCAGAUAACAAAGAGGUCAGUGUAGCUUCAAGAUGAAGGUAUUAUUACUUCUCGGGCUAUGGCUGGUGUCGGCGCAAACCGGCACUGCCCAGGUGUGCAAAUUCUCUGCAGCCUCAACAGUGGGCCCUAACGAUCCCCGACUUCCACACGCGCUACCUCCAUCCUUCCAAGUCACCAUAGAGGGCGCUCUCAUUGACAGGAACUGUAGCGUGGUGGCGGAGGAAUAUUUCGACCUAGAUUCACAGCGAUCUGCCAUGAAGAUCACGCAGAACGGACAGAUCGAGUACCUGUAUAUAAACAUGAAUACCAAUGAGAGCUACCAUAUUACCAACAACAACUGCACCGUCAAGAACCAAGCUUUGGAUAGUGAUGAUGCCUUCAUCGGCGGGCGUAUGUCGAACAGCAAAAUGACUCACACCUACUCAACAAGUUCUGUACUGAAGUUUGCUCAAAAGUACGGGGAGGUUUACAUUGGGCAGUCUACGAUUCGGGGUGUCCUGUGCGAUCACUGGCAGUCCUGCAUGUACUGGAGUUCUCUCGGCGUCAACUUCACCCUCGACUACUACUUUUCAGCCCUCUCAUGGACAAGUGCGGACGGCACCGUACAAGUUCCUGUGAGAGCUGAAGUUCAAGGAUACAAUUCCCUGGUUGGUCCGGGUCCAAUGUCAAGCUUCCAUCAUAUAUACGAUUAUAUUGGCUUUAAAAGUUACAUUGUGGACCCAACGAAUCUGGAGACCCAAAAAGGUGUGGCAUGUCCGGGACGGAAGCAUACCCGAGCGAUGCCGCAGUUAAAACAACAUUAUCAGUAUAGGGAGGAGAUAACAGAUCAGGAUUUGAACAUGGUCGUCAAUGCCGAUGUGUGGUACGACUACAACUACAAACUCCUCCGUUUCGACACCCGUCCCACGGCACUAGCAUACCCGUACUACAGCUACGACGCUGUCACCGAGAUACACGACUAUAACACAGGGGUUGCCUACAUUAUUGACAAGUCCUUCCUCAACUGUACCAUAGUUCCAAUUGAGAAUGGAACGUGGGACGCUAGCAUGAAUGUCUCCCGUUCACAUCAAGCCCUUGGGAUGAAGAGCCCAGAACAGCUCUUUGACUUGAACCCAACAUUUGCCUACUCUGGGCAGCGGACUGUUCGUGGAAUCACUUGCGACGUCUUCACCAAUGUACGCACGGACUUUCCAGACAGCGGACUUAUGGGAAUGCCAGUGACCUUCGAUGUAUAUUUCAUGUCGAAUGACUGGAUGAGCGACAAUGACGUGGGCAACAACGAAGACAGCGUGGACACUCCGGUUCGACUUGAAAUCUCGGCGGUGGGGAGUGGAUACUUUUUGUCGUAUGAUUUCUACAAUUUUGAUCAAGAAAACCCAGUGUUGAGGCGCUUUGAUAUUUCAAAAUGCUACACAGACCAAAAUAAGAUCAACUUCGAGAUAACUUUCCCCGGUAACUAUAACGAUUUCCUACUGAACUAUCAGACCAUUCUGGAAGAACUUGCGUUGGUGGUUCUCGCAAAGACAGCAGGUCUGUCACCUAUCCGAAUACAACGCCUAUCAUCGCACUGGGACACGAAGAACGCCUACCUCGUCGGAACCAUUCUUGAUAAGGCCCCUGACCUGGCCAGGUACCGGCGUUGGCCAAAUCUGGUGGCGCACUUCAAAGACGACGCCACUGUACAAAACAUCAAGGACGCCGUCAGUUGUUCUGCCGUCUGUGAAAAGCAGCAAGUAACUUGCAACAGCUUCGACAUCUGCCCAGGACAACAGACAUGCGAUUUGAGUUUGAAUUACACCUCUGAUGGAACGGUUCUUCAAAGCAGCGACACCUGUGAUCACUAUUCGCGUGUGUUGACGGGAACAGUGGACCAUGAGACACCUUUAGCUAUGGCGUACAACCUCAUAGCUGCCGCAGUCACUAGAGGGACGUUUGAUGUACCAGUGGCGCUACCAUCUGUUGGCAUCAAAGAGACGUUUACGGCCACAAGCAUACGAAUGCUGAGUUACAGUGCAACGACACCGGGAGCGACGCAAAACCCAAAUCCUGGACAACAGACGCCCAAGCCAAACCCUGGACAACAGACGCCCAAACCAAAUCCUGGGCAACAGACGUCCAAGCCAAUUCCUGGACAACAGACUCCAAGACCAGGAACAGGAAACAACCCGACGAAGGCACCAGUCAAUUGUGGCGACGUCGGAACCCCACAGAAGUCGUCGAGCAGCGGAGGGACAAUCGCAGGCGUCGCUUUAGCCAUGUUGGCAGUUGGUGUCAUCAUUGGUGUCGCAGUGAUGAUGUUUGUCCAGCGACGACAGAAGAAAGCGGAAAACUAUCAAGUUGCUUUCGUCAACAAAAACUUCGAGAACUGAAAGUCUUGGAGAAAGUCUAAUGCGGACAUUUGCUGCUGCGUUCCUAGUUCAAUGUCUAUAUCCAAACGAAUCUAAACAUUGACAUUGAAAUG